UCAGGGGUGGCGGAAAUGAAAUUCGAGGUAUACGUCGCGGCUACGGGUAAGAUCAUAGCUGAAUCGGGAGGACAGGAGAUGGGGUCGAUUUAUCUAGAAAGACUUCGGCAGCUGCAUGCGCGAAGCCUAGGUCGGGGCAGCGAGGGAACGAAGGCUGCGUAUGAACCAGGAAGCGAGGCAGAGGGGCUUCCGGCACAGAAGAGUUUGCGACUACGGCGGCCGCGCAGGCCCGUCUGGUUACAGCUCUGCUCUCCGAGCCUCUGUCGGCGUGCGCCCACGCCCCGCCCUAGUUAAUGUUGAGCCGGCCGGACAGGCCUGCGCAGUUGCGGCGGCCGGGGAAGAUGGUGGAGGACGGCGCGGAGGAGCUGGAGGACCUGGUGCACUUCUCGGUGUCCGAGUUGCCUAGUCGCGGCUACGGCGUCAUGGAGGAGAUCCGGCGGCAGGGCAAACUGUGCGACGUGACCCUCAAGAUUGGUGACCACAAAUUCAGCGCUCACCGGAUCGUCUUAGCAGCCUCGAUCCCAUACUUCCAUGCUAUGUUUACAAAUGACAUGAUGGAGUGCAAGCAGGAUGAGAUUGUAAUGCAAGGAAUGGACCCAAGUGCCCUGGAAGCUCUGAUCAACUUUGCCUAUAAUGGCAACCUUGCGAUUGACCAACAAAAUGUCCAGUCGUUGCUGAUGGGGGCAAGUUUCCUGCAGCUGCAGAGCAUCAAAGACGCCUGCUGCACAUUCCUCCGAGAACGGCUUCACCCAAAAAAUUGCCUGGGUGUGCGCCAGUUUGCUGAGACAAUGAUGUGUGCUGUGCUUUACGACGCAGCCAACAGCUUCAUCCACCAGCACUUUGUGGAAGUGUCUAUGUCGGAAGAGUUCCUGGCUCUGCCCUUGGAAGAUGUGCUUGAGUUAGUGUCUCGGGAUGAGCUGAAUGUAAAAUCUGAGGAGCAGGUCUUUGAAGCUGCACUGGCCUGGGUCAGGUAUGACCGGGAGCAGAGGGGGCCCUGCCUGCCUGAGCUGUUGUCCAAUGUCCGCCUGCCCCUCUGCAGGCCCCAGUUCCUGUCAGACCGAGUGCAGCAGGAUGACCUGGUGCGUUGCUGCCACAAAUGCCGGGACCUGGUAGACGAAGCAAAGGACUAUCACCUUAUGCCAGAACGCCGGCCCCAUGUGCCGGCUUUCAGAACUCGGCCCCGCUGCUGCACAUCAAUCGCUGGUCUUAUCUAUGCCGUGGGGGGCCUCAACUCAGCAGCAAAUUUUUAUGCAGGUGAUUCCUUGAAUGUGGUGGAAGUGUUCGACCCCAUUGCCAAUCGCUGGGAGAAAUGCCAUCCCAUGACUACAGCCCGCAGCCGCGUCGGUGUGGCUGUGGUGAACGGGCUCCUCUAUGCCAUUGGAGGAUAUGACGGCCAGCUACGGCUGAGCACCGUGGAGGCCUACAACCCAGAGACGGACACAUGGACCAGAGUGGGAAGCAUGAAUAGCAAGAGAAGUGCCAUGGGGACAGUCGUGCUGGAUGGGCAGAUCUACGUCUGUGGGGGCUACGAUGGCAACUCUUCCCUCAACUCUGUGGAGACCUACUCACCUGAGACAGACAAGUGGACAGUGGUGACCCCGAUGAGCUCGAACCGCAGUGCUGCUGGGGUUACGGUCUUUGAGGGCAGGAUAUAUGUAUCAGGCGGCCAUGAUGGUUUGCAGAUCUUCAACAGUGUGGAGCACUACAACCAUCACACAGCCACCUGGUACCCAGCAGCUGGCAUGCUCAACAAGCGCUGCCGGCAUGGAGCCGCCUCCCUGGGAAGCAAGAUGUUUGUCUGUGGGGGCUACGAUGGCUCUGGCUUCCUCAGCAUCGCUGAGAUGUAUAGCUCUAUGGCAGACCAGUGGUGCCUGAUAGUGCCCAUGCACACGCGCCGGAGUCGGGUCUCCCUCGUGGCCAGCUGUGGGCGCCUCUACGCUGUGGGGGGCUAUGAUGGACAGUCAAACCUCAGCUCAGUGGAGAUGUAUGACCCAGAGACGGACCGCUGGACAUUUAUGGCCCCCAUGGGGUGCCAUGAGGGAGGGGUUGGUGUGGGCUGUAUCCCUCUCCUUACCAUCUAAGACAUAGGGUAGGAUGUGGGAGGGAUCUGGUACAGUUAUAGGCACUUCCUUCCAGGAAUAAUCCCUCAGGAGCAGCAACAGACCAGAAGAUGGGGUGAAAUGUGAGCUCGCCGAAGGUACAGUUUUUCCAGGUGCUUAAGUCCUCCCUCACUGUGCUGCCCUUGUGACCUUCAGGCCUGGGUCUUCAAGAUGCAUAGCACGGGACAGAAGCCCCUCUGGGUCCCACAGCUGGUGACAUGAAACUAUUUGCUGGUCCACACGAACAACAAGCUCCAUCCAAGCCUAGGUCCCACCCACCGCAGCUCUGUGGGCCACCCAUCUACAGAAAGCCUUCCAUCUGACGCUCCUCCCUGUCUGCUUGUUCUCCAGCCAUGUCGGGACCAAUUUGCCAUGGAGAACCUGCAGUGGCCAAGCCUGUUGGGAACUGUGGGGCAUAGCUGAGCGACAAAGGACAUACUCCAGAUAUUCUCCCUGCCUGUGGUGGUGUGGCUGCAGCACUGGGCCGGCUGCACACAAGCACAUUCCUUCUUCUAUUGUAGGGCACAGAGGAUUUUGUCCUCAUCACUGGGUAAGCAGGGAAAACAGAAGUUUUUUGCAUGUCUAAUUUUGGGAUUUCAGUGAGGUCUUUUUCAUCUUGUCCAGGAGAAACAGAAGGGAAAUAAAAGAUACUUGAAAGAAA